UCAGCGACUUAUAGAGGGACUUGCACAGGCAUUCUGACACUGGGGGGAACUGACUAAGUGCUGCUGACAUCUCCAGUGACACCAAUACAGUGAUCACUGCUAAUAAAAAGCACUGACACUGUACUAAUGACACUGGGCAGGAAGGGAUCAACAUGUGGGGAGAUCAAAGGGUUAACUGUGUGCUGUUUCACUAUCAGGGCUGGGUGUGCUUUACACUGUACGCACACUGCUUUGUAUGGCUCUGCAAUGCAGAGCCAUACAAAGCAGUGUGCAGGGGCUGACAGCAGAGAGAUCUGUAUUGUAUUACAUACAGGUCUCUCCCCCAUCGGAAAUAAUCGGAGAUUGCCGGGUGCUGGCGGGGAAUCA